CGUGCAGCAGGUACAUGUGACGCUUCGGAGAAAGCGUUGACGUCUUUCAGUUUGCCUCGGCUACCAGAACCGCAAUUCGAGUCUGUAGCCUUUAGUUUGGUUGUAAAGGCCCAAGCGUGUCUGCCAUCUCGCUGGCAUAUUUCGCCCCUACCCCCAGCCCUUUUCAGGCGCAUCCCUCACCUCCCUCGCCAACCUCCUCCCCUUGCUCCAACCAACAUCAGUCUGGAAACUCUACACACACUUCGGUUGCAGAGACCCGAUGAGCAUCAAGUGUCUGGAGAGGGGCGAGUUGUGGCCACAACGUUGGGGCGAGCGUACAGCAGAGCUGUAGCGUGCUGGACGUGCCGCUUACGCCACCUCAAGACAAGCAGACACAAGUUUGCCGUCUGGCAAGCGAGUCUGAACAGACAUGCCUCGGGCCGAAGAGGAGAGGCGUAG